AUGGCCGAGACUACCGGAGGAACUUCAAAUUCACAAGAGGUUCCGUUGCUAGAUUUUGGAAGCGAUGGUAUUAAUUAUAAUCCAAAAUUCGUAACUUCUGAAAUAUUUUCGAGUGAUGAUGCUGCUGAUCAGUGGGCUAGAAACAUUGCUAUUAGCAAUGGUUUUAAGCUUGUGAAGUCCUCAUGGAAACGAGGAGAAUUGUACUUGAGAUGUAACCGCGGUGAAAGAAAUAGAGGCAAAGGAAGAAAUUUGGAAACUGCGGAACGACCAAACACGAAAACUCAAGCAUGUGGUUGCAAGUUUUUGAUUAAGGUGGCACCAUGCAAAGAUGGUGAAGGUUGGAAUAUUGUUUUGGGUCCUGAACAACAUGGUAUUCACAACCAUGAAUUAAUUACAUAUCGAGAGGGCAAUCGGCAGAUGAGCAGCCUUAGUCUAGGCGCAAAGCAACUUGUUCGUGAUAUGUCUUCCGCUCAAGCAAGGCCAAAUGUCAUAUUGGCGGCUGUCCAAGAACAAUUCCCUGAGGAGAACCCCAAUAGAAGACACAUCUACAAUUUUAGAGAUCGAAUGAGGAGGAAUGAUGCAGAAGGAAGAGAUAGUAUAAGUCAAUUUCUUCAUCUUGCUAAAGAGAGUGAUUACUUGCACUACAUUAGGGAGGAGGCUCAUGUCGUGACACACGCAUUCAUGGCACACCCUACAUCGGUGAAAUUGUUACGCACAUAUCCAUGGGUCAUUGGCAUGGAUUCUACGUACAAGACGAAUAUAUACAAGAUGCCAUUCCUUGAAAUUUGUGGGGUUACACCGUGUAACAAGAAUUUUCUCAUUGCAUAUGCAUUCAUGAAGGACGAGACUGCUGAAAGCUACGGGUGGGUGUUAGAUAAACUAAGGUUGUUGCUUGGUAAUGAGGUACAUCCAACAGCAAUUGUGACAGAUCGUGGGUUAGGUCUUAUGAGACCUAUUCGCGAAAUAUUUUCUCGCUCCAAACACUUACUUUGUUCGUGGCAUAUCAACAAGGAUGUAGAGGCGGCUGUGGGGAAUAUAUGUGGAAAUAAAAUCAUGGGUGAGAGAUUCAAGAAUGGAAAAUGGAAGAGAAUAAUGGAAGCUCCAACUAGUGUUGAGUAUGAUCUAGCUGUGUUGAACAAGCAGGAUUCCUGGCGGGCUUUUCCUAAGGUAAUUGAGUAUUUGAAUGGUACAUGGUUACCCCAUGCGGAAAAAAUUGUCUUAGCAUGGACAAAUAAUGUGCUUCACUUUGGCAACAUCAACAAUUGUAGAGUAGAGAGUGCACAUUCGAUGAUGAAGAAUUGGUUGUCAUGUGCUAAUGGGUCUUUUGACACCGUGUGGGGGAAGGUUAAUGCAGCGAUCAACUCACAACUCACAGAGAUUAGAAACACCCUUGAGGCGUCGAUGCGUACUCAUGGUCAGAUGUGGACCCGACUUCCGUUCCAGCAUUUGAGUGGCCAUGCGUCCCACUACUGUUUAAACCUUUUGGUGAAGGAGGAAACACGAAUGAAGGCGUUAAGUCAUGAGGUUCAUGGACGUUGUGGAUGUGCGUAUAGGACUACACAUGGUCUUCCUUGUGCGUGCCAGAUUUUUGAUGCAAUUCACUCAGGCACAUAUUUCGCUCGGCAACAGAUUCAUUCAUUUUGGAGGACACUUAAGAUCAAUAAUGGAGAUCACAUAAUUGAGUUGGCCGACAUAGAUCCCUGCGCACAGGAUACUCAGUUUUUCCAGUCUCUUGUCGAUGAAGUGUCUUCUAGCGAUCCUGCAGUGAUACGCCACAUGUUCCGAAUGAUGCAUAACUAUCUACACCCAGAUCAGGCCGGUUACAUUCAACCCGAACCUAAUAUGUCAACAAGAGGUAGGCCAAAUACUCGACGCAAUUUCAGUGCAUGGGAACACAUGGGUCGUGGCCGAGGUCGUGGCCGAGGUCGUGGUCGUGGUCGUGGUCGUGGACGCACUCGUGAUGGUCCUCAAAGGGACAUAUCGGAGUUUCGCUACCUAGACAGAAUCCCGGGAAUUAUUGUGGAUUUUGUAGAAGAUUGGAUCGAUGUAAUGGGUGAUGGAAAUUGUGGUUUUCGUUGUCUUGCUGAUUUUUUCCUAGGUGAUCAAGAUAAAUAUGUGGAGGCGAGGAAGAUAAUUGCGAAUGAGGUAGGGGCCAAUAGAUGGAAGUAUCAACAUAUUCACCAUGGUGGUGUCGACGAAGCUAUGAGACGUAUCAAAUGGCCCGGAGGGCAUUGCACAACAGAUCAUUAUAUGGAAGUGAUGGAAGACUUGUUCCCUAUUGCUCAAUUCUGGAACUGUGCGGUGAUUUUGUUAGGAGUGCAAGGCGGUUCCUUGUAUCCAUGUAUGACAGUUUUGCCUUGGGAUGCUGAGUGCAACGUGACACAACCUAGCAGAGAAAUUUUUAUUCUCCAUCUAAUAGAGUAUAACCAUUUCAUUCGAUUGGAUCUUUCACCUGGUUGUCCUAUUCCUCCUUUAGCCGACUUGUGGUUUAUGGUUCGAGAGCCAAGUGUCAUUGGUUGGGAGCAAAUAUUUCAACAUCGGAUAGCAGAAUGGCAGCGUUUGGAGACUUUGGUGUAA